CUUAGUCUUGAAAGCCGAAGCCACCUCCCGUUAACUUUCAGUUGGUCUCUUGUGUUUUCCCGAGAUUCGUAUAACCCCACUUGAAAUGCUGCUCAUCGGUCUAACAGGGUCUAUCGCCACGGGCAAGUCGACCGUGUCAAGCCUGCUUUCAUCCCCACCCUACUCUAUCCCUGUCAUCGACGCGGACUUGCUCGCCCGGCAGGUCGUCGAGCCGGGAACUCCAGGGUACCGCAAAAUCGUAGCAUACUUUGGCCCGAGCACCCCGGACCUGCUGCAGCCGCCCAACCCCGCCGAACCCAAUGGCGGCAUCGAUGGUCCCACCGGCAAAGGCAGGCCGCUGAACCGCGUCAUGCUCGGCCGGCGCGUCUUUGGCGACGACCCGGACCGCAGGCGCGACCGGGCGGUCCUCAACGGCAUCGUCCACCCGGCCGUCCGCUGGGCCAUGUACAAAUCCCUGGCCUGGUACUACAUCGCGGGCCACCGCGCGGUGGUGCUCGACGUGCCGCUGCUCUUCGAGGCCGGGUUGGACAGGAUGUGCGGCACCGUCGUCGUCGUGGGCGUGCGGGACCCGGCCAUCCAGAUGGCGAGGCUGCGGGCGCGGGAUCCGCACCUCAGCGCAGAGGACGCGGAGGAUCGGGUGAAAUCGCAAGGGGACGUGCGCGAAAAGGCCCAGAGGUGCGAGGCCAGGGGUGGCGCGCGGGGCGUCGUGGUCUGGAACGACGGGGAUAGGACCGAGCUCGAGAGGGAGCUGAGGCGUGCCGUUCAUAUCAUUUUUGAAAGCAGCCCCAGGUGGUGGAGCUGGGCGCUACUACUGUGCCCACCGUUGGCUGUUGCGUCUGGGGCUUGGAACUUUUGGCAGAACACGCAGAUCAACAAUGAGUGGAAGGAGAUGGAGCAGAGAGGACGCGCGAGGCUGUAAAUUCCUGUAAAUUCUUUUGGUGUGGAGGGACUGUAACGCAAUGCAGAAGCGAGCCUUGAUUACAAAUAUUUUAUCUCCUGGGGUUUGCGGUACGAGAAGUUGUCUGCUGUUGGUGGGUGGCAUCUUAAGUUAUUGACAGGCUUCACAUAGCUACGGGGCACUGACUGCUAAUAGUUCAUUGUAGGCGUUUUGAUACAAAAGUUCAGGCCUGGAUGACAGGUACUCAGACAAACGAGUGGCUUUAUGGUGGCCGAGAUCGGGGAUGUGUAUUUUGUCGUUCCUUCCUUUUUCUGCUUGGACACCUUACCCAGUCCAACUUUUACAACACAAACAGAAUCUUCUGAUCAACCGACCAACUCUUCACAUCUCCCAGGUCAACUCGAUAUUUCACAAUCCUUUUCCCGCCUGCAUCUCAUUUCAAAGACCUUGACUGGCUGGGCCUAUGCAAAUCUGAUCAUCAGAUCCUCGGGUGGAUGCGCCCAGCAGCCUCUGCU